UAUUUCAUAAGAGGUUCAGUUUUUAGACACUAUGCUUUUAUAUCUUUAUCACUUCUUAUAUGAAUCAAGUUGUGCAAAUUGGAUUUGAAAGUGUGAGACAAUAUUGGAAAAAAAAGUAAUGACUUCUAAUUUCAGGUAAAAAAUAAUUUGCAUUUUACUUGUACAAACCUCCAUCCAUCCAACCAUCCACCCAUCCAUCCAUCUAUCAUCCAUCCAUUUUCUUCCACAUAUCCAGGUCCGGGUUGUGGGGGGAAGGAGUCUAAGUGGGGGGGAUACCCAGGCGCUCCCAGGCCAGACAAGAGAUAUAAUCUCUCCAUCUAGUCCUUGGUCUGUCCUGAGGUCUUCUCCCCAUUGGACAUGCCUGAAAAACCUACCCAGGGAGGUGUCCAGGAGGCUUGCUAGCCAGAUUUCCGAACCACCUCAACUAGCUCCUUUUGAUGCAGAUGAGCAGUGACUAUAGUCGCCUUCUGUCAAUCUCUGACUUGACUUUACCCUCAUUCGUGAAUAAGACCCCGAGAUACUUAAACUUCUCUGCUUGAAGCAGUAUCUCAUUUCCAACCUGAAGCGAAACGAACGAGUUGUUUAACUACUUCAGUGACCUCAUCCCCAGUGAUGGGCAUGUCCUCUUCUGAGUCCUCCAGUUCAACUUCCUCAAUGGAAGGAGCCAGGAUUCAGGAGGCCCUCGAAGUACUCCUUCCACCGUCCGACUAUGUCCCCAGUUGAGGUCAACAGUUCUCCAUGCCCACUGUAAACAGUGUGGGCAAGGCCCUGCUUCCCCCUCCUGAAUUGCCUGAUGGUUUGACAGAGUCUCUUCAAGGCCAAAAGAAAGUCAUUUUCCAUGGCUUCACCGAACUCCUCCCAUACCCAAGUUUUCGUUUCCGCCACUGUCCUUGCCGCACUCCACUUGGCCCUCCAGUAUCUGUCAGCAACUUCUGGAGUACCAUAAACUAACCAAGCUUGAAAGGCCUCCUUCUUCACCCUGACAGCUCCAUCUACCCCCGGUGUCCACCAACAAGUUCGGGGACUACCGCCACAACAGGCGCUGACGACCUUGCAGCCACAGCUCCGUUCAGCCGCCUCAGCAAUGGAGCUCUGGAUUCAUUCCUGUUCAAUGUCUCCAGCUCCUCUCGGAAUGCAGGAGAAGCUUUGCUGGAGGUGAGAGUUGAAGAUCUCCCAGACAGGGGGCUCUGCCAAACGCUCCUAGCAAACCCUCAUUACACGCUCGAGCUUACCAGGUCUGUCCAGCAUCUUCCCCCACCAUCUGAUCCAACUAACCACCAGGUGGUGAUCAGUUGACAGGUGAACUCCUCUUUUCACCAGUGUCCAGAACAUAUGGUCGCAAAUCCAAUGAUACAACCACAUAGUCGAUCAUCGAGCUGCGACCUAGGAUGCUCUGAUACCAAGUAUAUUUAUGAACAGCCUUAUGUUCGAACAUGGUAUUCAUUAUGGAUAAACCAUGAUUAGAAGCACAGAAAUCCAAUAACGGAACACCACUCUGGUUCAGAUCGGAUGGGCCAUUCUGUUGAGAUGAGCCUGACCUAGACGGUAUCUCUCCACUUCCUGCACUAGCUCUGGCUCCUUUCCCACCAGAGAGAUCAUGUUCCAUGUUCCUAAAGCCAGUUUAGGUAGCUGGGGAUCGGUCCACCAAGGCCUCUGCCUUCGACUGCCGCCCAAUCCACAACGCACCUGACCAUACACUACUGCUCCUGCAGGUGGUGGGCCCAUGAGAGGAUGGUCCAGUGUAGCUUGUUCAGGCUGUGCAAACCUGAAUACAUUUAAUUGUGGGGCCCUUUCACUAAUUUUCACUGAGAAACCUCUGCUAACUGUCACUUCAUCCUGCCUGUUAAUCCUGCUCACAUCUUUGUCACAUAUUAGAUGUGAGCAGCCAGUAAACUGCAUAUGGGGAGCAUAUGGAGGCUGGUCGGAGUGUGACGGCUGCAUGAAAACACAGGUUAGAACUCGCUCGAUACAAGUUUUCCCUCAGUUCGGCGGGAGAGUUUGCACAGGGGAGGCCGUUCAAAGACAAGCAUGUGUGCCUACUAAAAGCUGUCCCCUGGAAGCAGGAUGUGGAGAUCGGUUCCGCUGCACUUCUGGUCAGUGUAUCAUCUCUAGUCUGGUGUGUAACGGUGAUCAUGACUGCCAGGAGGAUGGUUUAGAUGAGCAGCGCUGUGCACAGUCCAGCACGAUUGUGUGUAACUUGCAUAAGACUCCACCCAAUUCUGAUCUCACUGGAAAAGGGUUUGAUGUGUUGACGGGCAAGCUGAAGGCUGGUGUUAUUAACACUCUCAGCUUCGGUGGCCAGUGCAGGAAGGUGUUUAGUGGGGACCACAGAGACUUUUAUAGACUCCCACAAAGUAUCCUCAGAUACAGCUUUCAGGUGGCUGUUGACAAUGACUUUAGUGACGAGUUCUACAACAGCUCCUGGUCCUACAUAGACCAUGUAGAGCAGCGAUAUAAAAUCCAAGGAGGCCAUGAUCACAAAACCUUCCACAAUGAACUGAAGAGGGACAAGGCCUACCAGCUCUUGAUUAUCAAGAAUGAGGUGGAAGUAGCUCAGUUCCAGAACAAUAUCCCGGAGUACCUCCCUCUUUCUGAGGAGUUUUGGAAAGCUCUAUCUGCUCUGCCCAGCACAUAUGAUCCGGCAGCCUACCGCUCACUCCUGCAAUUCUACGGCACACACUACAUGGCUGAAGGCUCUUUGGGUGGAGAGUACCAGGUCCUGCUGGAGUUUGACUCCCAGUUUAUGAGUGAGAUGAGUCAAACAGAUAUUGAUUUUCACAAGUGUGUCACACGUGUCAAGAGACGACUGUUCCGAAAGAAGAGAACGACCAAGUGUGAGAAACUGAUUCAGUCAAUUAGGAGCUACAAUGAGCAAAGAAGCCAGAAGUUGCCAGUGAAGACCAACAUAAUUGGAGGGCAUGGUGCUUACGUGGCAGGUUUAAGCCUCCUGGACCUGGAGAACCCUGAGCAAAACCAUGCCAUGUAUGCCAAAUGGGCCGGCUCAGUCAAGGACUAUCCUCAGGUGAUCAAACAGAAGCUGAGGCCAAUCUAUGAGCUGGUGAAGGAGGUAUCAUGUGCACAGCUGAAGAAGCUACACCUGAAGAGGGCGCUGGAGGCCUACCUUGAGGAACAGAGCCCAUGCCACUGCAAGCCAUGCCACAACAAUGGCAGGCCUGUGCUGAGUGACGGAGUGUGUACCUGUGUGUGCAAACCCAACACCAGCGGCACAUCCUGCCAGAAUGGUCAUGUCCUUGGAGAACAGCCAGGAAUGGUUCAUGGGGGUUGGAAUUGCUGGUCUGCCUGGGGGACUUGUUCUCUUCGUCAGAAAUCAAGGACUCGAACAUGUAAUAAUCCUGUACCAAAAAACGGAGGCAAGCAUUGUGUAGGCCCUUCCGUCGAGCACAAAGCCUGUGAGGACCCGGAUCUUGAACACUUAAGAUUUAUGGAGCCACAUUGCUUUGAUCCAUCCCUGACCCCGGUGAAGUCCUGCAAGGUUCCACCUCCUCUACAAAAUGGAUUUGUUUUGAGCCCUAAAGAUGUUUAUGCAGUUGGCAGUAAGAUUGAAUAUGCCUGCAUUGAAGGAUAUUACCAUGUUGGGGAUCCUGUUGCUGAAUGUACAGAGGGCCUGAACUGGAGGAGAGGACAAACAGAGUGCAAGAGAACUUCAUGUGAUGCUCUACCACUCUUGAAUCAUGUCAUUGCCACACCCUUGAAGCAGACAUAUUCGAUAGGAGAGACUGUGUCCUUGUCGUGUCCCAGUGGCAUGCAGCUCGAGGGACAGCAGGAGAUAAUCUGCCGUGCCAGUCUCAGCUGGUCUCCAACACCUACUGAUUUUAAAUGCAACCCAGUGGUCCAGUUAGAGUCGACCCUGAGCUGCAAACCUUGGGAGAAACCUGGACGGGCCCAGUGUGUGUGCAAAAUGCCAUAUGAAUGCGGGUCUUCUCUGCAAGUGUGUGUCUCUGUGCGUCCCGGCCUAGUGAACCGAAUGGGUGUGUGCCAGCUUGGUGCCCUGCAGUGUCUGGGCCGGACAUUCUCUCUGCUCCAGGAAACUGCGUGUGAUUGGCCAGAGACCAAAUUCAUAUCCUGUCAAGACUGCAAGCCAUGGGAGGAGUGCACUGGUGUGAAGUGUAAUUGUAAAGACCCAGAGGAUUGCCCAGAAGAACCCGCCCACCUCUGCGUCUCUGUAGAGAACGGCGGCCAUGAGUCUAUGACAGAGUGUGAGGCUGGGGCUUGGAGGUGUUUGGGGAAAGACGUCAGAGUCAUCAACAUUGGAAAAUGUCCAAAUUGAUCUAAUUCAAUAUAACCUUCAUAUGAUCCUUUUCUACUUUAUUACUACUAUUAUUUAAAAUGCUGUGUUCCACAUGCUGUUUUUGCUGCUGAUGUGGCUGCAAAUAAAGCUUUUGUUUUGUA